GCAGCCGCGCGCAGGCGUGCGCAUGGCCCUCGCGUGACAGUCGCGCCCCGAUCCGCGACGCGACGCCCGGCUCGCCGGGAAUGGAGGCCUGCUGCGCGAUCAGAGCUGCCGAGGACCUUGUGGGCGACCAGAUUGUCCCUGGCGGCAGUCGCUGGGCCGCUCCGCACGCGCCCGGCCUUCUUGACUCAUGGUUUCAGAUGCAGAUGCAGACAUCUGACUUCGAGUCGCUGCUUUGCAAGCAGGAGGGCGCCUCGCUAGCGCCCGCCCACAUGGACCUUUUUGAUGGCGGCACUUCUUCUCGCGACGAUGCGUUCCUGCGGCCCGCUCUCUGGGAGGACAUCGCCUCCUCGAUCAGGAACAUCGAUCCCGAAAAUGCAAACAUGCUCGCUCCACUCGGAGCGACACACGUCAAGCUGGAAGCGGAUGAUCCCCUGCUUGAAGAAUGCGCUACGCCGCUACUCAGUCCUCUCGAGAUCAAGACGGAAAGACUGUGCGGACCGCCGACGUACGCGCAGCCGCAGCCGCCGCAGCACACGCCGCAGCCGCUGCCGCAACCGGUCAGCACAUUUGCCAAGUAUCCACCAGCACGCCUGGUGUACAUGUCUCCGCUGACGCCGCCCGGUUCCGACCAGGGCAGUCCAGGCAAUUCGAUGCAGGGCGCGGGGCGCCGGACGCCGCCGCCGCCAUACCACCCGCCGCCUCUGCUGCGCGCGCCGCACCCGCCUCCGCCCCUCCCGCAUCAUCACCAACACCAUCACCAACAGGUAACACUAAUAUAUACUUUAAAGUAGUAACAAAGAAAUCAUGAAACCAUUGCAAUGGCACAGGUGCCGCCAAUGGGCGCCCAGCUGCCAGCGCCGGCGCAGCAGCACCACGCGCCGCACCACGCUCCCAUGCUGCACUCGAGGCUGGGCCCCGCCUCUGUCAAGUACAACCGGCGGAACAACCCUGAAUUAGAAAAAAGAAGAGUACACCACUGCGACUUCAUGGGUUGCACGAAGGUAUACACGAAGAGCUCUCACCUGAAAGCACAUCAGAGGAUACAUACAGGAGAGAAACCUUACACUUGCCAAUGGCCGGAGUGCGAGUGGAGGUUCGCGCGGUCUGACGAGCUGACGCGGCACUACCGUAAGCACACGGGCGCGAAGCCCUUCAAGUGCGCGGUCUGCGAGCGCUCGUUCGCCAGGUCCGACCACCUCGCGCUUCAUAUGAAGCGCCACCUGCCCAAGACCUCCAAAUGACACGCGCGGAGGGGCGGGGACCAGCCUCCCGCGCCCCAGUCUACACCGGUAAACAAAUCUACCAUUUAUAAUACUGCCAU